CAAAAAGCAACUCUGUGACGCAGAGUGACGAGCUUGCGUAUGCCUUGCUUACGUGGGCGGCCACACGGAGAGCUGAGGACGCGCGCGCGGGUCACAUGCCCGAUUGGUAGGCGUGGCAAAAACACGAAGGCGCUCGCGAAGGAGUUUGCACUAGUCUGAACAACGGAUGUGUGUACAUUUCUUGCUGCAGCAUCGCCCUACUGAGCCGCUGCUACACAAACACAAUGUCUACGACCUUCUCCAACCUCACGGUCGCCUCCAGGAUUGGGUGUCCGUGGAACAGCAACUUUACCUGGGACGCACACGUCGUGACAUCUACCGCCCUCCACAACCUGACUUUCAUAUGUCCUUACGGCGUGAACCGCACGUACUCAGAGUUUGAGAAAAAACUAGAAGACCCUGCCACGUUCUUCGUCCAAGUCUCUCGCCUCAUUCUCUCUCUCCUCCUCUUCCUUCUCGUCUCAGUUCUAUAUAACAGUGUGACUGUGCUAGGUAGAACAAUACUUAGUGUGGCAAUGUGCUCACUUUACUGGAUCUUCAUGUUCCUCCUCCUCACUACAAAGGCUAUGGUAUUUGUUGUACUGGUACCGACUAUACCUAACACUGAUAGUCCAAAGGAUGCUGCCAUAAUCAACGAGGCUGGAUUCGUGUGUCUCGUGGUACUGCAGUGUCUGGCCGACCUGAUGCUCCUCUUAGCUCUUGAUCACGAACAGAGAUUUCGAUCUUCUGACUACGCAACCCUCAACAGCCACCCGUACUCCAAUAAUACGUGUAUCCCCAUCACCUUCAGAAGAGUCAUGUGCUCUUGGUACAGACUUCCUGCCAUUGCCAGUGUCCUAGUGCCCCUGGUACUCCUAGCAGCCGUAGAGAUAGUCCUCAAAACAUCCAGUCACAACAGAAUGGAGGAGCAAGCCCCAGCAGCACUAGUAUGGACGUUCGUAGUCUCCCUCUACCUCCCUAGACUCUGUGCUGUGGGUCUCAUAGUCAGACUAUUCCUCCUGAAGGACUCGCUGCGCCCGACAGUUCUUGCCAAGGUGUUUCUGGUGGCUGGGUUUCUGUGCAGUCUCGUGGACCAUCUUCCCAGCUCAGUUACUACCGUGGCCCCCUAUGCCGACCAUGGCAUAACUCCUAAUGAUCACUGUGAUGAUCCCUGUGAGUUGAGCAUCAUGACGGUAUUCGACCUGUUUCAACUGCUGGGAGGCAUGUCUGUCAUUUUCUACGCUCUCUUUGUCAGAAGUCAAUACCUCAGAAUAGAAAAUGAGUGCAAGCUAGCCAUAGUGUGGGAUAUGCAAAGUCUGCUCAAUGUAAAUGGACGGAGUCAAGAUGUAGAUACUUCGUGAUGUCACGCAUUUUAAUGCAAUGUCAAUCGUCUCGUCUAUUUUUUAAUCAAUUCAUUUCAAAUACAGAUGGUAUUAUAAACAACUAGUGAUGUGAGGAUUCGUAUAUAUGGUCAGUCAUCCUUGUCUUUGGCCUCUCUGGGUGGUAGCUGUACACAGGCUCUUGGGAAACCAUCCUUUCACUUGCUUCCCCUCACCUGCAGAUAUUUUUUAUAACGACUUGCCGUCAACCUUACCUUGAAGCAUAGCAGCCAGUAAAUAGCUAAUACCAUUAUUGCUUGGUGUAACAAGCUUAUGUCAUGUUCUAGCUACGUGUGUGCAGAGUUUAAAAGACUAACCUUUUUCGAAAACCUUCUCCCCAUACACCCAAUACCUGCAGAAAACCCACAAACUAUGGACACCCCCAAAAAUAGAGAAUUUCUAACAGUUGGUGCAAUAGAGCUCACGUUUGCCAUCUAGUAAUGGUGACUUUGUCUCCCUUUUUCACGCUGACGAAACCCUCCCCACAUCUGGGGCUACACAGCGAUGUCAUUAGUCCAAACGACAGGGGGCAAGAGUAGCCGGAGUAGGAGUGCUUCAUGCUGCAGGUUAUAGCUGCACUCUUCUUUAUCAUCUUCUGCUCCAGCUGCUCAAGCUGUUGGAAAAGUCUCAACUAAAAGCAAACGUACUACAAUAUAAUGGAA